UCGAAACUGUGCGUUUCGCGGAAGGGGAAAAUCCAUAGAUGAAUUGAUUAAUCAGUUGCAAUUGCAGUUGCAGUUGGAGUCGGAGGAAGACGAUGUCGCAGAAACAAUCGGAAUCGGAAUCGGAAUCGGAAUCGAUGAGGUUGGGCUCGGAGGAGGUUUCGCGUGAGUUCAAAACCCUCAUCAAUUCCGACGAUCUUCAAUCCCUCAACCAUUUGCAGCACACGAUAUUGGGAAGGUUGCAGGACAGUAAUGCUGUGUUAUCGCAUUUCAAUGAGUUCUCUCAAAAUUGCUUUGCUGAGAUUUCUGGAGACAUAGCCACAAACACUCGUGUAUUGAAGUCUAUGAAGUCUGAUCUUGAUUAUAUCUUUCUCAAACUUAGAAAUAUGAAGUCAAAAGUUUUGACAAUAUUUCCAGACGCAUUUCCUGAAGAUUCAAUGAACGAAGUGGUUGAUAGGAGACCAGAUCUUGAAGUUCCUAAGUAAGCAAUGCUGUUAUCCGAACACAAAUUAGAAACAGGAUGUUGUAUGACAGUGUUUUUCUUUCUUCUUGCUUUUCUUAUGGUAAUAAACAUGUUCAAGCA